ACAAUUUUAGUCAGUGGAGCACUUACCUUACCAGGGCCUAACAACAUGCCAUUGCCAGCCUACCCUUCUUUUUUCCUCUAAUGGGAGGAAGUUUAUCUACUUUCAUCACCCAUUUCCUUUUUUUCAUGAAUCAUGAUUAUGUCAAUAUUAAUUCACAGUUUUCUAUAUUUAAGCUAUAAUUUUAUCAUAAAUGUAUAAGUGGGUUCUAAUUUUCUUCAUUUUUGCUAACUUCACAAUUCAUUAUACUUUCUGGGUCUUUUGGAAUUAGUGCUGUUUUUAUUUUUUUGGGUAUGGCUUUUUCUUCCUGCUUUGCCUUUCAUCCCCAGAUCUCUUCUUCCAAGAUUGAUUGCCGAGUUUUAGUACAUAAAAUCCAUCAUAAGGCAGGAUUAAGUCCAAGUUUAGCUCUUUCUCAUCAGGGUGUAAGCACUGAAAUUUAUAGCCAGCAAGUGUCUAAGCUAAGACCUGAUGUAAAGCAUGAUUGGUGUUUCCUUGGAGGGCUUAGAAUUGAUGUUAGACCGAAAGUAAACAAAUUUGUGUUUUCGCGGAAGAAUUCUGGAGUAUGCUAUUCUUGGUUGCCGGAUCCUCAAAUUGCUACCAGUGCAUUUACCAUAGGGACAGCAGCUGUCCUCCCGUUUUACACUCUUAUGGUUGUUGCUCCGAAAGCUGAACUUACAAAAAAGACCAUGAAAAGUAGCAUACCAUAUGUUGUGUUUGGCCUUCUGUACGCUUAUCUUCUGUACCUGUCGUGGACUCCUGAAACUAUACGCUUGAUGUUUGCCAGUAAAUACUGGUUACCCGAGCUGCAAGGUAUAGCGAAAAUGUUUUCCAGUGAGAUGACAUUAGCAUCAGCAUGGAUUCAUCUGUUGGUAGUGGACCUCUAUGCUGCUAGGCAAGUUUACCAUGAUGGUCUACAGAAAGAAAUCGAAACCCGGCAUUCAGUCUCAAUGUGUUUGCUUUUCUGUCCAGUUGGAAUCCUAAGCCAUUUGAUCACGUCGUCACUGACCAAACCUGCUGAGAAAACUAGACAUACAGAUACUAUUAUCUAAUUCUUCAGAACUGUAUUUUCAGGCUUUCGUGAACUACUGUAUUACUCCGUAGUUAAAUGUGCAAAGGAAGUUGCUGUCAAGUUUUAGUUUCUCA